UGUCUGCGAUUGGUUGUUGGGAAGCCUAUAUAUGGACGUCAUCCGCAAUUUCCGUCCUCUUUGCUCUCUGAGAGGCCUCCAUACGGCGUUGCUACCGUGUUUCCUGUCAUAGCUCUUAAAGGAAACUUUCACAAUGUCCGGAGGCCUUGAUGUCCUACAGAUGAAGGAGGAAGAUGUCCUCAAAUUCCUUGCUGCAGGAACCCACUUAGGAGGCACCAAUCUAGAUUUUCAGAUGGAACAAUAUAUCUAUAAAAGGAAGAGUGAUGGCAUUUAUAUCAUCAACCUGAAAAGAACCUGGGAAAAGCUGCUUUUGGCUGCCCGUGCCAUUGUUGCUAUUGAGAAUCCUGCUGAUGUGAGCGUUAUCUCCUCCAGGAAUACUGGACAGCGUGCUGUUCUGAAGUUUGCUGCUGCUACUGGUGCAACACCUAUAGCUGGCCGUUUUACUCCUGGUACUUUCACCAAUCAGAUCCAAGCUGCCUUCCGUGAACCCCGCCUUUUGGUGGUCACUGAUCCAAGGGCUGAUCAUCAGCCUCUGACUGAGGCAUCUUAUGUAAACAUCCCCACCAUCGCCUUGUGUAACACGGAUUCUCCUCUUCGCUAUGUGGAUAUUGCUAUCCCCUGCAACAACAAGGGGGCACACUCGGUUGGUCUGAUGUGGUGGAUGUUGGCUCGGGAGGUCCUGCGAAUGCGUGGCACUAUUUCCCGUGAACACCCAUGGGAGGUUAUGCCUGAUCUCUAUUUCUACAGGGAUCCUGAAGAGAUUGAAAAGGAGGAGCAGGCUGCAGCCGAGAAAGCAGUUACAAAGGAGGAAUUCCAAGGAGAAUGGACUGCUCCUGCACCCGAGUUCACUGCUCCUCCACAGCCUGAGGUGGCUGAUUGGUCUGAGGGGGUACAAGUGCCCUCUGUGCCAAUACAGCCAUUCCCAGCUGAGGAUUGGAGUGCCCAGCCUGCCACUGAGGAUUGGUCUGCGGCUCCCACAGCUCAGGCCACUGAGUGGGUUGCGACUCCCACAGAGUGGUCAUAAUAUACUCAGCAACAGGAGUUCAUGAAUACAAUGAAAAAACAGAAAUAAACAUCUUUCUUCUUAUUAA